CCGCGCUCCCUCGGCUGCGCCCGUGGGUGCGUGGGCCUCGCGGAGCUUCGCGGGCCGGCUUCCCCGGCGGGGGCCGCGGGAGCCCUUCAUGGCGCCUGGGCUUCCGUGGUGCUGGCCUGGCCCCUGUGCGGUUUUUCCGCAGCAACAUUUUCUUUCCUCUUUAUCUUUUUAAUUUUUUUUUAUUGGAGUUCAAUUUGCCAACAUAUAGCCUAUCACCCAGUGCUCGUCCCGUCAAGUGCCCCCCUCAGUGCCCGUCAUCUUUUCUCCCCCGUUAAACCAACUCUUGGGAAGCGCUGUGCGGCCGCCAGAGCGCUUUCCUGGCCGUCGGCUUCUUGGCGCUUCUCCGCAUCCCGGGAAGGCUCGGCCCUAGAGCUUGAAGAGAGGUGAGCAGGACACUGCCUGGACGCUGAUAUGAUCAGAGGGUGCUCUGCAAGUCGCUGAAAUCACCAAGAUUGGCAGCAAGUGGGCUCAAAGGCUGCCCUCAGUAGAGCACCUGAGCAGAGUGAAAAUGGUGUUUGGACUGGGCUGCCAGAGAGAGAGGCUCUACAAGCCCCUGUACGUAGUACACGUCUUCAUUCUUACAGGAGUGGUAUACUACUAUUUUCAGGGGUCUGUGGGGAAGCCAGCCCCUGACCACGAGAUUGCUGGGGAACCUUCCCAGCUCGUAGGGGAGUCCUUGAGGCCGGUGUGGGGGCCGAUGGAUAAGUGCUAUCCCGUGACCACUCAGAGACGCAGAGUCAAGAGCAGGAAGAAGCCAGUCUCUGAGGCUGUGCCCCCCAAGGCGAAGGGAGGACUGAAUGGUGCUGCCCCUGAGGGGGAGACUGACAUCUUGUCUCAGCGUGAGGGGGAAGCAGCCGGCCCUGGGCCCGCUGGGAAGGAGGUGGCUGAGGAGGAAGAGGUGGCAGGGGUCCCAGGCUGGGAGGAAAACACCCAGGUCCGCAAGGAGAUUGCAGUAUACGCCUCUGAGGCCUCUGAGAUGGAGAGUAAGGAGGGAAGGCCUGGGGGCUGGGUCCCCCAGCUCCUGAGGAAGCUCUGGUUGGACUGGUUCCCAGCCCCUGACAUCCCGAAGACUCAGAACCACGAAUGACCAAGCACCCAAUAAAUGCACAGACUUGCUGCUUC